AUGCGAGUGAAGCCAAGAGUGCUGUCACAAGGGUCCAAAGCCAUGUAAAAAGGAAUAAUCAUUACUCAUAAGCCAUGCUAAAUCAGCAUCUUUUCCAGUCAUCUUCUACCAUGUAAAUACAGCACUCAUCAUCAACAAUCCUCUUGAAGACCUGCCUCAUUAACAGUCAAUCUGACCUUCUCCCAAAAUCACAUCUCAGUCAUGGCCUUCUCUACAACAAUCUCUUUCUAUGACAAUUCGCUUCUCCUCAAAAAACCCGUCAAUGGCCUCAUAAACAACCAGCCGAGAACCCCAUUAGGCCACCUCAAAUUUACGCCCUUGAAAAUUCAAGCCACCUAUGUUGCAAGCCCAUCUUUCAAACACUCAUUCCAAUCCCAAGAAAUGGGCAAUAAGUCACAGAAGGUCCCUUCACCAGCGUUCGAAUUUAAGGAGUACAUGAUCAACAAGGCAAAUCAAGUGAACAAAGCACUGGAUGAGGCAGUACCCUUGCAACAUCCCCAGAAAAUCAAUGAAGCCAUGAGAUAUUCUCUGCUCGCGGGUGGAAAGCGUGUACGUCCAAUUUUAUGCAUUGCUUCGUGUGAAUUAGUGGGAGGAGAUGAGGGGUUAGCAAUGCCAGCGGCUUGUGCACUGGAGAUGAUCCACACCAUGUCAUUAAUCCAUGAUGAUCUUCCCUGUAUGGACAACGAUGAUCUCCGACGAGGUAAGCCCACAAGUCAUAAAAUAUUCGGCGAAGAUACUGCAGUUCUUGCUGGCGAUGCACUCCUAUCACUUGCCUUUGAGCACGUAGCUAGGAACACCAAGAAUGUUUCAUCGGACCGUGUGGUCCAAGCCAUUGCUGAGCUUGGAUCAACAGUUGGAUCAAAAGGUCUUGUGGCAGGUCAGAUUGUGGACAUUGACAGUGAAGGUAAAGAAGUGAGUUUGAGCACAUUGGAGUAUAUUCAUGUCCAUAAAACAGCAAAGCUUUUAGAGGCAGCGGUUGUUUGUGGGGCGAUAAUGGGAGGCGCAGAUGCUACAAGUGUCGAAAGACUUAGGAAAUAUGCCAGGUCUAUCGGGUUGCUGUUUCAGGUGGUGGAUGAUAUACUGGAUGUGACCAAGUCCUCAGAGGAACUGGGGAAGACAGCCGGAAAGGAUCUGGCGAGUGACAAGGCGACCUACCCCAAGCUGAUGGGCAUAGACGAGGCCAAGAAAUUUGCUGCCCAAUUGGUUGAUGAAGCCAAUCAAGGCCUUGCUUUCUUCGAUCAUGUCAAGGCUGCCCCAUUAUACCAUUUUGCUAACUAUAUUGCUACUCGACAAAAUUAACGGGGUUUUUGAUUUUAUAUAUAUAUAUAUAUA